AUGUCAAUGGCUGCAGCUCCGGCCAAUGGUGAUUCACAGAAUGGUCCUCAGAGGAACUAUCAAGUUGUUGUUGCUGCCACUCGUGACAUGGGCAUUGGGAAGGAUGGGGUCUUGCCAUGGAAGCUUCUUGGUGAUCUUAAAUUCUUCAAAGAGCUUACAUUAACUACAUCUGAUCCUGCCAAGAAGAAUGCAGUUAUAAUGGGAAGGAAAACAUGGGAGAGCAUUCCUGUUAAGUCAAGGCCAUUGCCUGGUCGUUUGAAUGUCAUACUUACUCGAUCUGGUAGUUUUGAUUUUGCAACAGUAGAGAAUGUUGUUAUAUGUGGAAGUAUGAAGUCUGCCUUAGAACUGCUAGCAUCAACUCCAUACUGCUUGUCAAUUGAGAAAGUUUUUGUUGUAGGAGGUGGGCAGGUACUGAGAGAGUAUCUUAAUGGACCUGCAUGUGAGGCUAUCCAUCUAACUGACAUUCAGUCGAGCAUUGAGUGUGACACUUUCAUUCCUCCAGUUGACUUCUCAGUGUUCCAGCCAUGGUAUUCAUCUUUCCCAGUGGUAGAGAGCAACAUCAGGCAUUCUUUUGUGACUUUUGUUCGUGUUAGAAAGUCAGUGGCAGAAACUCAUGAGUCAAAUGGCAAGGAAUCAACUGAGGUUGAUACCAAGAAUGACAAAUUUGAAAUAGAGAAUUUCUCUUUUCUCCCCAAGAUGGUAUAUGACCGCCAUGAGGAGUAUCAAUAUCUCAAUCUUGUUGAAGAUAUUAUAAGGUCUGGUGCUCAGAAAAAUGACAGGACAGGAACUGGAACACUGUCAAAAUUUGGGUGUCAGAUGCGGUUCAACUUAAGGAAAAAUUUUCCUCUACUGACAACAAAGAGGGUAUUUUGGCGUGGUGUUGUCGAAGAACUCCUUUGGUUCAUCAGUGGCUCAACAAAUGCAAAGGUUUUGCAAGAGAAGGGUAUUCAUAUCUGGGAUGGCAAUGCUUCAAGAGAAUAUCUUGACAGUGUUGGCUUGGCACACAGGGAGGAAGGUGAUCUAGGUCCAGUGUAUGGAUUUCAAUGGCGUCACUUUGGUGCUGAAUACACUGACAUGCAUGCUGACUAUACUGGAAAAGGUUUUGAUCAGCUAAUGGAUGUGAUUGACAAGAUCAAGAAUAAUCCUGAUGACCGCCGAAUAAUUUUGUCGGCGUGGAAUCCUUCAGAUCUCAAGAAGAUGGCUCUUCCUCCUUGCCACAUGUUUGCACAAUUUUACGUGGAAAAUGGAGAGCUGUCCUGCCAGAUGUAUCAACGCUCUGCAGACAUGGGGCUUGGUGUUCCAUUCAACAUUGCAUCAUAUUCUCUUCUGACAUACAUGAUCGCUCAAGUUUGUGAUCUUUCUCCUGGAGAUUUUGUCCAUGUUAUAGGGGAUGCUCAUGUCUAUAGAACUCAUGUUCGAGCUCUGGAGGAGCAAAUUCAGAAGAUGCCUAAACCAUUUCCAAUUUUGAAGAUAAAUCCUUCAAAAAAGGAUAUAGAUUCUUUCAUGGCAUCAGACUUCAAGCUGUUUGGCUAUGAUCCUCACCAGAAGAUAGAGAUGAAAAUGGCAGUGUAA